GUUGCCAGAUUUGCUUAGUUUUCAAGAGGGGACAAAAAGUCCAAUCUAUUUAAUCUCUCCAUUAAGUGUUGUCAAUUUAGUCAGUGAAAAACAAAACCACGUUUGUGGGCUGGAUGCAACGGGUGUGCUGCCACUUGGAAGCCUGUAAUCCACAGGGUUCACAGUGAGUCUGGUUUCACCGAGUUGCCCCUGAUCCUUGGAUUAGUGGAGCUCAGUGGCUACUGCCCAGUGCUCUCCCUUCAAGGAACGCUGACACCUCCACUCUGCCCCUGGUCUCAGUCUCCCCACCACAGCUGCACCCAAAGAUCCUUCUUAGGCUUCCACGACCUCGGCAAGAAGAUUAUACCUGUAAAUCCCCCACAGCCAGCAGCCCAGGGUGGGGGAAGGGAGGGGAAGGAGGGGCCGGCCCCUCCCCCCAGGGCCUUCCCUGGGUCAUCCACUGCCAAGUAUAGAUGAAGAAGACACUCUCUGCUAGUUGAGUCAACACAGCUGGAUUUUUUCCAAAGUAAUUUUAGUAGUAAUGAAGGGAAAGCACAAGGAAAAUAAACAGAGCUGGCCUAGAAAUGGGUGUGUUCUCAGAGCUUAGUCCUCUGAAGCCAAGGCGGCCACUUUAUGCUAAAUAGCAGGGCCAAGGGAACCGGGGAAUAGGGAAGGAGAAGUGGGUUUUCAUUUGGGCAAUGAGGGGCCUGAGUCUCCACACUUUUAGGAGAGGGAACUCGGGUAAAGGAUUUACGUGCUAGGGGAAAAGGGGCUGGGAGGUGGCCGAGGUCCUCAAAAUUCAGGGGUGAGUAUUCCCAUUCCUGAGAAGGGAAGUAAUUGAAGUGGAAGAUUGGAGGGAUUGAAUGGCUGUGACUCCACGCCAGGAAGGGAGAGGCGUCUCUGCAGAGGAGCCCGAGUACGGCGAGCAGAAGGGACAGCCUCGUAGCAAUCCCUGUCCCGGGAAGGUUUGAAAGCUGUGGUGCCCUAGUGACGCCGGAAAAGAUGGAGCGGUUGCCAUGGCGACGCGGCUCACACAUCGGAAAUAAAUAAAACGUCCCGGCUGCAGCAGCCGCGCCCCCGCGGGACUAGAGCGCGGGGGAGGGGGCCCCGCGGGUCCGGGUCCCCGCAGCCCGCGCGUCCCCGCCAUUGGCAGAGCCGGAGGGGGGGUUACCCCCCCGGGGGGGGCGAAUGGUACGGUCCUCCGCCCGCGCCCCGGCCGGGCCUGCAGAGAGCGAGCGCCGAGCCCCGCGCAGCCGCUGCCGCCGCCGCGGAGCCGGAAGCCGAGCUGGGAGGCGGCGAUGGAGGGAGUCAGCAGCCACCGGACCCUGUCCUACAGCCGCUGGAGCUACGACAGGAGGCACUCUCCGGCCCAUGGGAUCUCAGCAAUCAAAGCGACACAGGAAGCCUGGGCCCCUGAAACGGGGCCACCGAAGAGAUCGGAGAACAACCAGGAGGAAAUACUGGAAGGAAGGAAAGGAGAUUGCUCGUGUCUUAGAUGAUGAGGGCAGCAACCUGAGGCAGCAGAAGCUGGACCGGCAGCGGGCCCUGCUGGAGCAGAAGCAGAAGAAGAAGCGCCAGGAGCCCCUGAUGGUGCAGGCCAACACGGACGGGCGGCCCCGGAGCCGGCGGGCCCGGCAGUCAGAGGAGCAGGCACCCCUGGUGGAGUCCUACCUCAGCAGCAGCGGCAGCACCAGCUACCAAGUUCAAGAGGCCGACUCACUUACCAGUGCGCAGCUGGGAGCCGCCCGCCCAACAGCACCAGCCUCAGCCAAGAGAACCAAGGCAGCAGCUGCAGCAGGGGGCCAGGGCGGGGCCUCUAGGAAGGAGAAGCAGGGGAAGCACAAAGGCACCAGCGGGCCAGCUGCACUGGCCGAAGACAAGUCUGAGGCCCAAGACCCGGUGCGGAUCCUGACUGUGGGCCAGUCAGACCACGCUCAGGACGCGGGGGAGACGGCAGCCGGCGGGGGCACACAGCCCAGCGGGCAGGACCUCCGUGCCACGAUGCAGAGGAAGGGUGUCCCCAGCAGCAUGAGCUUGGAAGAGGAAGAGGAAGAGGAGGAUGAAAACAGCUCGAGCUCCUCCCAGCUGAACAGCACCACCCGCCCCAGCUCCGCUACUAGCGGGAAGUCCGUCAGGGAGGCAGCCUCAGCCCCCAGCCCAACAGCCCCAGAACCCUCGGCGGAUGUGGACGUCCAGGAUCUUGAGGAGUUUGCACUGAGGCCAGCCCCCCAAGGUAUCACCAUCAAGUGCCGCAUCACGCGGGACAAGAAGGGGAUGGACCGGGGCAUGUACCCCACCUACUUCUUGCACCUGGACCGUGAGGAUGGGAAGAAGGUGUUCCUCUUGGCGGGAAGGAAGAGAAAGAAGAGUAAAACUUCCAAUUACCUCAUCUCUGUGGACCCAACAGACUUGUCUCGAGGAGGGGACAGCUACAUCGGGAAACUGCGGUCCAACCUCAUGGGCACUAAGUUCACCGUUUAUGACAAUGGAGUCAACCCUCAGAAGGCAUCAUCCUCUACUUUGGAAAGUGGAGCCUUGCGUCAGGAGUUGGCAGCUGUGUGCUACGAGACAAACGUCUUAGGUUUCAAGGGGCCGCGGAAGAUGAGUGUGAUUGUCCCAGGCAUGAACAUGGUUCACGAGAGAGUCUCCAUCCGGCCGCGAAACGAGCAUGAGACGCUGCUAGCACGCUGGCAGAAUAAGAACACGGAGAGUAUCAUCGAGCUGCAAAACAAGACCCCGGUCUGGAAUGACGACACGCAGUCCUACGUACUCAACUUCCACGGGCGCGUCACACAGGCCUCCGUGAAGAACUUCCAGAUCAUCCAUGGCAAUGACCCGGACUACAUUGUGAUGCAGUUUGGCCGCGUGGCAGAGGACGUGUUCACCAUGGAUUACAACUACCCACUGUGCGCGCUGCAGGCCUUCGCCAUCGCCCUGUCCAGCUUCGACAGCAAGCUGGCCUGCGAGUAGAGGGCCCCCUUGUGCCCUUUGGGGUUGCCCAGCCUGGAGUGGAGCUGCCUGCCUGCAGAGACAGCCCUGCUUACCCUCUCUCUGUACAUAGGCCUCCUGCCAGGUGAACCUUCAGCUCUCAGUGGCUCCUUGGCCCAGCUGGCUCAGACCGGACUCCUGCCUCCACUGCUGAGACAGAGGACCAGGUGGGGGAGGUGUGUGUGUGAAGGGACCUGCGUGAAUUCUUCCUGGGCCCCAAGAUCCAUACACACACCCCUGCUCUUGAGUUAGUAUCCUGCUGCAGUCGUGUUUGCCAGGCUGGGCAGCCUCUUCAGCUGGGAAGGUAGGAAGAAACGGGGGAGGAAGCACAAUGCAGGGCUGCUGCGGCCAAGCCAUCCACUCAGUCUAGGAAUCAGGUGACAGCGGGUCCCUGACAGUGAAGGGCACAGUGUGGGUGUGUGUUGGGUACAUCAAUUUUAUAUAGAAGGGCUAGGAUCGGCUUCCAGGCCCUUUGCUAGUAACUCCAGAAAGUCCUCUGACUGCGGAAGGCCUCAGCCAGGCUAGGAGAAGUUACGGGGGGUUUGGGAAAGGUGAGUGCUAAGACCUUGUCAGGACUGCGGGGGCCCGGCUAUGGGAAUUGGUGGCCCAGGGUUCCCGCUCAUUUGAUUUCUCUAGGUUUUCUCUGUGUGCACGGAGGCAGCAGGGGGCCAGAUGUCUUAGAGGCCGGGGCCUGCAGGCCCCAGGCUCAGCAUGCGGGAGGUACAUGGCACAGGCUGCCUGAGGAGCUUUCUGCGGGGUGGCUCGUGCCGAGUGCCCAGGAGACGCAGACGGGGCCGGGCCCCCAGCCUCAGAGGGCACUCAGGUAGGCAUGCCUGGGCCUCUAGCUGGCAGGGCAGUGGUCCUAAGCCAUGGCGUGUCCCAGGAAGAAAGUCUAGCUCCAGGUGCUCUGGCCUGUGCCUCGCAGCCCCCGUGCGCAGCCUAGGUCGUGGCUGCUGAGGACUUGGGUGUGGUUCUUCCAGGGUGGGAAUGGAACAGGCUGAAGAAGGGCAGGGAGUACGUUAGAACCACAAGAGAGGAGAGGUGGCAGAAGCCUUAGAGAUGAACUAGUACAACGUGUCACUUUAGGUGAAUGACAUUUAGAAGUUGGAUUUGCACCGGGUCACCUAGCUGGUCAGUGGCAGAAUUCAGAACUUCUGCUCCCUCGAUUUCUUUGUUCCUACCAUCCCCCGAGAAACUGCUCUCUCUGGUUCUCUGGCCUUCCUGGGCCCCCGGUCUGCAUGCCCUCACCCUUUUGUCUGAUUACAGAGACUUAGAAAUGUCGGAGUUGAUGUAUGAAAUUGAAACCGUGUCAGAGGGAAAUUAGGCAGUUUCAUGCUGAAAGCUGGCUUUUUGAACAUCAGUCUGAUCAGGACUGCCCGGUGUCUGGCUUCUCCCCGAGGGCAGGCCUCACCAAGGCCGUUGCGGCCUUUCUCUGUUGGGGCGUGAUGGGUGAGGUGUGAGUGUUCCAGGGCUGGGCCUGAUCUCCUCGGAUGGCAGCCCUGACCCAGAAGCCUUGGGAACACUAAGCCCUUGCCUGCCAUUGACCCUGGCCGAGGCUACUUGCCCAGACGGAGGCCAGAACUUAGUGGGAAGCAAGCAGGAGUUAUUCUUCCCUUCAGCGGAGAUCUGCUUGGAAAGGGCUGCAUAGAAAUGUUUGGUUUAAAUAAGUCAGUCCUACUUGAAACAUUUGAGUGAGGCGCCGUAGUGAGAGGGAGUGGUUCUGACUUAAGUGGUAGUAGCAGCGUGUUCUCGUUUCCUUACAAGAUUGCCUAUGUGGAGUGUUCUAGCGGGGGUCUGGGUGAGGCCCGUCUAUGGGACUAGUUUCUGGACCACUCCUUGGGUCAUUCUGAGGGCACUAGACUUUCCCACACUGGGGCUGGUCCACUUUUCCACAGUCCCAGUUGGGCUCCUACUCUCCUGACUGGGAAGAGACCUGUUGACAUUUGGGAUGGUGGAAGCUAGAUCUCUGAAGUCUGGUUUAAGCUGUUUCUCUGGGUCUAGGAUUUUAGAGUAGAACAGGCUGAUUUGAGAGGGAAGCCUGGCACCAGUGUGGAAAAGGAAGAAGCACGAGAGCAAACUCUCAUACCCCCCCAAUUCCACCGAAUAUGCAGGAGAGGGUGAGGAGGGGUUAGGAACGUGGCUUGAGCUUCCCAGCUUUAGACAAACUUGCAGACGUCGAGACGUUGGGGAAGGUAGCUCAGCAGCAAAACUCUGUUGGGCACGGAGUGACAAGAGCAGUUGAGUCACCUGCUUGAGACCCAGCUUUACAAGGUCUGUUCUUAAGACCCCAUUCCUGGUGAUGCUGGUUUUCCCUGACCACUGGCCGCCUAGCCAUGGGCCCAAGACUCAAAAAGCUGCCAGGGCCCCUGGAGACCACCUGGGCUCAGCAUCUCCCAGGGUAAGAGCGCUUGUCCUUCGUACCCUCUACCCAGAUGGGACUGGCUGAUGGAAUGAGCAAGCCCUAAGGCUGGGGGGGCAGCUGGGACCUCAGGCAGCUCCUGUCACUGCUCCUGGGGCCACACCCUCUUCCCCCAAACGGCUCUUCUGUAGAGCUGUGAUGUUCACUUCCCCACUCUUCUCCAAUUCUAGCUUUUCUUUCCUUCUGGCUCCAAGGUGCUCUGUCUCUGUGUGUCUAUGUGUCUGUGUAUAUUUGGGGAAAAGGGCAAUCUGCAACUCACCCACUGAGGUUUCUUACUACGAUCAUAGUUCUAAGGAUGAGUAGAAAAGGAAUAAGGAUAUUACGAUUACCUGUGGAUUUUGUUCAUUUCAUGCUCUUUGGUCAGAAAGUAAACCUGGGAAAGUACCAGCUCUUUCUUGGGAGGAAGAUUAAGAGGAUACCAUCUAAGAAAUUUUAGUUUUUCAGUUCCAUUUUGCAUUACCUGAAGAAAUUAGUAUGUUACAUGCAUGCUUUGGGAUGAAUUUGAACAUAGUCUAGUGAAUGUGCCUUAAAAAAGCAGUUAAGGUCCAGACGCAUGCUGAAGACAGGUGUUAGAAGCCAGCGAUUGUGAAAAUUUGGAUUCUGUGUCCUUCAGUGACAAAAAGGGCAACAAAAUUGCAGAAGUUUGUCUUUGGUCUGGAAAUAGCAGAGCAUUUACCUCUAAGUUUACAUUUAGAGGAAAUUCUAAAUUUAAUAAGCAGUGGUGGUGAUUUCAAACCUCCUAAGGACAUGGGGUCUACAGUGAGGGGAGACGCUGGGCGGGCCGUGGCUCUGUUACGCAAGCACAAACCCUCUCUCCUAGCUGGAGUCCCUGGUGUUCCCUUAACUGCGGCAACACUGGCCUUCUCUCCAGAAUUCUUUGCCCCAGCUAAACUAUACCUGUGACCUCAGAGCAUACUUUUCCAGAGAGCUGAAGGAGUCUGCUGUGUUGUGGGGCCUGGCCCUGAACGGUAGCAGCCCCCAGGAGCAGACCAAGGGAGGGCUCUUGUUUGUACUGGGUCCCUGUCUUUCUGUACCUCCAGUUUGCAAUCUUGUCAUCUCAGGAUACCGGGGGGGGGGGGGGGGGGGGG